GCGCGCAAGGUCGACAUCCCUCUUAUAUUCUUCGGUGACUCCGCGACUGGUGCCGGUGGUGUGGACCCAUGUGAGGUUUACUGUACUGUUCCUGGCAGAACCAGCUUGUUAAGCAGUACAACGAAAUAUCGCGUGACAGUGGGCGAAAUUCAACGAAGAAUCAGUCCACCUGAAUGUCUUAAUGCAUCACUUCUUGGAGGUAUUCUUCGCAGGUGCGUCUAUCAUAGAGACAAUUCGGCUGAUUUCCAGAAUUCUCUGUCUUUGAGGGCCAAGUCAAAAGACGGUGGAAAAACGUUGCGGGAUUCCCUGAGAAAGAUUGGACUAGCUCUACCAGCUGGAAGACGUAAGCAAGCAAACGUGACCGCAUGGACAGCUCUCGUCGAAGAAGAAGCGGUGCACAUGGCCAAGGACUUCGCGUUGGUUUGCGAAAAGGAGUUCCAUGCUCGUGAGAUUGGUAUUUUCUUGACUAAAACUGGUCUGUCGAUUGAUCACGAUGUGAUGCAAAGGCGAACAAUGCUUGAGAACAGCAAGAAGAUUGUCUCCGAGUUGUGCGACCUUCUCGCCGCUGACAGGACUCCACUGACACCGUUUGUGUCUCCGACAAGACCAUUAGUCGUGUUGGAUCCUUCCAUCCAGCAACAUCUUAGUCAUUACACUUUGAUGACCCACGGAUUCGGAGGUGUGGCCAUGGUGGCGGUGCUCGAAUCAGUGAAAUCGAUGAUCGAUGAAAGUAUUAAGUACUUGGAUCGGAACUGUUCACAACCGAUGUACAUUCCUUACAAUGCCCGAUGA